AAUCAGCAUGGAUGUGUUUUUAAUAAUAAUAAUAUGUGUUCUGGGAUUGCUCUUAAUGUAUGUGAACAUAUAUCUGCUUGCUUUAUAUUGCCAUCCUGAAGAUGGUGGAUUCGGAUCAUCAUUAUUUUGUAAAAUAGUUGUUGUACUUGGAUUAAGCCUAUCUUGGUGCUAAACAUUGAUGUUAACUUUGGAUGUUACUAAUGAAAGAGAAUAAUAAGGCUUGGACAUGCAUUUAUGCUGGAUAAUCAUUUAUAUAUCAGUAUUUGUAAUGCUGGUAUUUCUCAUACCUCUUGCCAUUUUUUAUUAUGAAUCAGACGAUGAAAAACCAAUUGUAAUAAUUCACAUUAUCCAAGUGUCAAAGAAUAAGCUUAACAAUAGUUUAAGAGUUUAUGGUCCUUGUAUUUGCUUUCUUGACUAUUUUCUUAACCUAUUUCUGGUUAAGAGAUGCCUUGGUACCUGUUACUGUUUAAGUGCAAGAUGCUGCACUCCAAUUCGAAUCAAGUGAGAUCGAUCUUAACGUUGAUACCUUUACAAUAACCGAAGAAAAACAGGAUCACAUUGCUACUACAAUAGAUCCAAUCACAUUUACUAUCGGAUUGAUGUGUUUUCUAGGUUAUUUCUUCUUAAUUUUAUAUGGAGGCAUUGGGAUGGUUGCUUUGCCUUUAGACCUUGUUUGUUCAUAUGGAACAAGACCAGUUUUUGUAUUUAUUUUUUAAUACUUUAGAAAAGUGCUUCUUAGGCGGCUGAAAAAAAAAAUAGAUUAAAGAGAUUAGUGGCUUAGAUGAUUGGUUAUGCCAAAUAAUUGAGAGAUAUGGAGAAGGAUGUGAAAUGUUCAACUGGAUGGUGGUCAAAAAGGAAAUAAAAUACUAAAGUAGAAAAAAGAUACUAGAAAUUGGUUUCUGCAGUUAGUGAACUAGAAGAAGAAUUUGAAAUAUUCCUGCUAGAAUUAAAUAUGGGUGAUGCCAAUCCAUUAGUUUACAUCUUUAAAUUGUUAUUAGGAAUUGUCUUAUUCAUCAUUACAUUAGCUUGGUUAUUGCACCUAUUAUUGUAUGUUAUAAUAACUGUGGAUGGAAUCCCAUUCUCCCCUUGGUUAAAUAAGCUGUUUAUAUAAUUGGAUGUUUAUAAUGUAGCAUUUCUUUCCGUGUUUUUCUUUGGAUUAUUUACACUUUAUUUAUUAUGGUGUGUCACCAAAGGAAAUUUAGUAUUUUCAAUGCCAUGGAUUUUCAAAUUUCACCCAAUGAAGUAAGCACAAUUUGUAUUAUUAGAAUAAAUGAAACUUGGAUGAACUCAUUUCUAUUCAAUAUUGUUCUGAUUUUAAUCAGUUCUGUUGCUUUGUGCCACUUCAGUACUUGUGUCUUCUCUUAAUAUACUAGAUUAACAACAGUAGAUUUACUAUUCGGAACUCAAAUCAAAUACCUGAAGAUCUUUAGUUGGGCCUUUGAAAAUAAAGUAUUUGAAUAUUCUUUAUUUUCUUGGACCAUACUUGCAGGGAUUAUUCAAAUGAUCCUGAAAUGCAGAAAACCAAAAUUACUUGAUUAAAUAGAUUAAAAGAAGAAAAAUUUGAAAGGAAACUACGAAAUUGAAUUAAAAGAACUAUUUCUGAAAUGA